AGAAGUGCCGUUAUAGUUUUGGAGUUAUUUGGUCGAUCCAAACGACUUGGUCACUGCAGUCCCAUUCCCAAUCCGUAUCUCUCUUUUCAUUUCUUCUGUUGCUCACUUUUUUUUUUAAAUUUUUUUUAGUUAGAAUCUCUCUCUCUUCUCACUUAUUCAACUUCCACAGAAGCGAAAGGAACAAAUUUCAACUAAUAUUUCCGUUGAGUUUGAUUUUUGUACCAGCCUCUGGUUCAAUGCCUUCUGUAAUCUCACCUCAGUGGCAAGAUAAAGCUACUGGUUUCUUUUCUUCCUCAGGGGUCAAGCUUAAAGAAGCCAAGGAAUCAGCGGGAACAUUUGUUGGCGAGGUAACAAAGGAUACAAAGAGUAAUGUAGCUGAAGUGGCGGGACGAGUCGGGACGAUGGUCAAAAGUCGGUGGGCGCUUCUUCAGCAGCCGUCCACAAGACAUGCUGUACAGGAUAGAAUGAUAUCAGCUGCUGCUACAACUGGUGCAUUCCUGAGGAGAGGUUUGUCAGGGACAAAAGAUAAGGUGGCUGUGGGGAAGUCCAAGGUUGAAGAGGUGGCAAAAAUAACAGCACAAAAAAGUAAGACUAUCUUGACAGACAUUGAAAGAUGGCAGAAGGGAGUUGCAAAGACUGAUGUAUUUGGAGUUCCUAUUGAGGUUACUGUACAGAGGCAAGAUUGCAGCAAGCCUAUUCCUCAGAUACUAGUCAAUUGUGCAGAUUAUCUUAUAGUUUCAGGAUUGAAUCUGCCAUAUCUUUUUAAAUCUGAAGGGGACAAAAAGGUUAUUCAGCAGUUGGUUUCCCUAUACAACCAAGAUUCAGCUGCGUCAGUGCCAGAAGGCUCAAAUCCAGUCGAUGUAGCAGCUCUUGUAAAAUAUUAUCUUGCUAGCCUUCCUGAGCCACUUACCACAUUGGAGCUUUAUAAUGAGAUCAAAGAUGCUCGAUCCAAUAUAUAUUCCAUGAGAAACAUACUUAAGAAGCUUUCUAGUGUAAACUAUAUGACUCUGGAGUUUAUAACAGCACUUUUGCUCCGUGCUAGCCAGAAAUCACUUCUCAAUAAGAUGGAUUCUCGAAGCCUUGCAAUGGAAAUGGCACCUGUUAUCAUGUGGCAAAAGGAAGGCAGACCUGAAUUUUAUCGUCAAUACUGGAGUCAAAUGUCAGAAAGUCCUUCCAGACAGAGCUUGGAACCACAACCUGGUUCAACUGCCUGGGACAUGCUUGCUGAUGAUAGUGAAGCCAUAGAUGCAUCUUCUCCUAUUCCUUUGGAUGAUGGCAUGCAAGUUGACUUUGGCGCAAUUGAGGUCGUUCAGCUGCUCAUAGAACAUCAUAAUGCAAUCUUCACUGAUGCCAAUGAGACAGUCUGGAAAUGAAUUGUCCUACUCAUUAUCCUUUAUUGAUUCUUUGACUUGGAUAUAUUGGAUUUCAAAUAAUGUUUUCCGAGCUGGAUGUGGGGAUUGUUAUAUAGCAGCUAUGUUUGUUUAUGCUGGGGUGCUGGACACUGGUCCAGUUUUAGUGAAAGGGUGUCUGAUUUUGUAGGUCUUUUAAGGAUAUUUUUUUGGGGGGGAUUGCAAAAGUAUUGUACAGCUACUCUCUACUUCUUGCAAACUGUUUUAUUGUGGUUCUUAGCAUGAAUAAUGAUGUGACCUGUUUAUAUUUUAGAUAGUCAUGUUUACAUACAUAUGAAGGUCAAUUUCGUGCA